AUGGUCGAUGGUGAACCUUCAAAGCCACCGGAUCCCGGUGGUAUGGGUGAGGAUGACGAGAUGGACAGGGAUUCUGCACAAGAAAGAAGAGAUGCGACAGAGAGUAUUUUAGGCAAUGAACAAAUCAAGCUGGCGAGAGUGAGACAAUAUGAACUCACUGCAAUCAAAAUGGCUCUCCAAUUGGCUGCUGAGAACCCAACAGAACAUGAUCGGAUAUGUAUUCUCUCAGAUUCGUUGUCCUCCAUUAUGUCGAUCAAGAACUACAAUAAGGGUAAUGGCUGCUUUCCACUGCAUCAUGAAAUCGCUGUAUUAGUUGACGGUCUUGGACAUAUGGAAAAAUCCGUGAGCAUUUGCUGGGUUCCGUCGCACGUGGGAGUGACCGGGAAUGAUAUGGCGGACGCAGCAGCGAGACGGGGAGUGUGUGCACCGGUGGUCCAAGAGGAAAUGUCGAGAACGGAGGAUUGGUUCGCAACUGCUAGAUGGGAGUGCAUAGCUCAGUGGAGGAUGGCAUGGCAUUCGGGCGAACUGGGGUCACCUGUGGUGCCAAUUGUAUCAUCCGCGAAUUGUGGGGUAAUGUCGGAGCUUAGGAAGAAGCGUGUCCUAUUGAAAACUGCUCGCAUUCUUGUGUAUGAUGUCCACAAUAAGCCCCAUGUGUGUAGAGCUGUCAUCGAUGAAGGUGCGCAAGGAGAUUUCAUCUCGGAAAGAAUGUGUGGAAUUUUGGGUCUGAAAAGGCAUCCAAUCGAUGAAGUUGUAAGCGGUUUGGAGUAUCAACAGUCCAGUCCACGCUUCGCAGUCGAGGCAACCAUUGCGUCACGAUAUACGAUGAAGCCAUAUUCUCUGUGGUGUAGAGUAGUUGAUAGGGUGUCAGUAGAAUUGCCAAACUGGCCUGUUCAAGAGAAAGAGAUUGCAAUUCCUCCAGAGUACGAACUUGCAGAUCCAUUAUGGUCCAAGACUGAGAGGAUAGAUAUUCUCAUUGGCGGUUAUAUUCUCAAUGACGUUCUACAUGAUAAAUCUCACCAACUGGGUCAGGGACUACCAAGUCUGAAGAAGAGCGAAUUUGGAUGGAUGUUAUUUGGAUGUUGGGAUCAAGAUCCUAAAAAUACAUCAACACCACCACUGUCUAGCCACAACAUUGCUUGUAAUCUUUCCACCCUUGCCAGUAUUGACAGAGUCAUGAAAAGGUUUUGGGAAUUGGAAGAAAUUUCUGCUGAAAGUGUGAAGUCAGAAGAGCAUGUGAUGGUGGAAAAUCUUUAUCUCACUACAACAAAAAGAACUGCAGAGGGUAGAUAUGAGGUUCAAUUGCCUUUGAAGGAAAACCACCAGGAGUUGGGAAAUAGUCGAAUCAAGGCUUUGCAAUUGCUUAGAGCAGUGGAGAGAAAACUGUUAGCGCAACCCAAGUUGUAUGAGGAAUAUGGUCAGAUUUUUCAAGAAUAUUUAAAAUUGGGGUUUAUUGAAGAAGUUCCCUCUGAAGAAAUAGACCGGCCAGCAUACUAUGCUCCCCACCAUUGUGUUGUUCGAAUGCAGGCAACCUCAACUAAGGUACGCAUAGUCUUCAACUUUAGCUCAAAAACAACCUCGGGUUUAAGUUUAAAUGAUGUUUUGCUUGUUGGACCCGUGGUGCAGCCAGACCUUGUGACCAUUCUCUGGAGGUUCCGACGUUAUGCAAUUGCUUUGUCAUGCGACAUUGUAAAAAUGUAUUUGCAAACCCAAAUUGAGCCCUCGCAGCGUGACUUACAGAGAUUUUUAUGGAAUGAAGGACCAGAUAAGUCGGUGAAAGACUACAGAUUCCGCUCUGUUUGUUUUGGAAAUGGAGCCUCACCGUACUUGGCUACCCGCUCCUUGAACCAAUUGGCACAGGAUGAAGGUGAGCACUUUCCUGUGGCCGCAAAAGCAGUGCUCAAUCACUUUUACAUCGACGAUUGUCUGAUGUCGGCAGCUUCUACUCAGGAAAUUGUUGAGACCCAGCGGCUGCUUGUUACUAUGUUCCAGAAAGCAAAGCUUGAGCUCUCAAAAUGGAAAUCAAACUCCGCAGAGGUUCUAAGAGAACUGAAUUCCGAGUUAGAUAGUUGUGAAAAUAUUCAUUUGUCGGGAGAAGAAGUAAAAACCUUGGGACUAUCCUGGAAUCCCUCGUCCGAUUCUUUUUGCUUUCAUGUAUCACCAGAUAUCUCUAAGCAAGUUGUGACUAAGCGUACAAUAAUGUCAGUUUUAGCCAGAAUUUUUGAUCCUCUAGGCCUAAUAGGGCCAGUAGUAGUGCAUGCUAAAAUUAUGCUUCAGAGAGUAUGGAGGAGCAAGGUGGACUGGGAUGUGGAAAUUGAAGGAUCGAUGUUGAGUGAUUGGAAAAAAUUUGUUAAUGAUCUUCCAAAGGUUCAACAGAUCCAGAUUCCCAGAUGGGCUGCAACAAUUCAGUUUGGCCCCAAGGAAGAACUUCACGCGUUCUGUGACGCAAGCAAAAUGGCAUAUGGAGCAGCCAUUUACCUGAUAGUCGAAGAUGAGGAUGGAAAACGAUCUUCCCAUCUCCUGACAGCAAAAAGUAAAGUGGCACCCAUUGACGAGAUUACCAUUCCCAAGUUGGAGCUGUGUGCUGCAACACUCGUAGCCAUUUUGAUGACUCGCGUGCGAACUGCGUUUGGCAUUCAGCCCGAGCAAUGUUUCUAUUGGAGUGAUGCCAUGGCUGUGUUGGGACAAAUUCACUCCAAGAGCACUCGACAGGAAGUAUUUGUGCGUCACCGAGUUAAGACAAUCAAGGACAAUACAAUUGUGUCGCAAUGGAGAUAUAUGCCAACUCACGUAAACCCAGCAGAUAUCUUGUCAAGAGGAACAACUCCGUUGAAGCUUGCAGAAUCUGAUGUCUGGUGGAGUGGCCCCAGCUGGUUGAUUGAGGAUGAGUCUUCAUGGCCUGAGCCUUAUCUCUAUCCCGGUCAGACCGAAGAAGUUAUUGCUAUGACUGUAGCUGCGGACCCUCCUCAACCAAAGAACGUGGAAGGCGAACACAAAUUGUUUGAAAAGAUUUUAGCGUCCGCUUCAGACUGGAAUCAUGCCAAAAAACUGACUGCAUGUGCAAUUCGUGAGAGCUGGCAAGAGUCGGUUGACGAGACGCAAAAGGAUUUUCCGGAGUUUUCUCCCACUGAGCUGAGAGAAGCGGAAAAUUGGCUAAUCAGGGGAGAUCAGCAAAUGCAUUUGGGCGAGGCACUGAAGGCUCUAAAAGCGUCAAGGUUGCAUAUAAAGAGGGGCUUUCAAUUUCUGCAGAGGUUGAAACCUUUCAUCGACGCCACUGGUGUUAUGAGAGUAGGAGGUCGACUUCAGGAAUCGGAAGAGGACUUGGAAUCAAUCCAUCCGCGAAUUAUACCCAAAGGUCGAUUAGCUGAACUCAUUGCAAGACAUGAGCAUGUGGCACAAUUGCACGCUGGCCCACAAUUGCUUCUCUCGUCCCUUCGUCGUAGGUUAUGGCCACUCGGAGGAAGAUAUUUGGCAAGAAAAGUAGUACAUUAUUGCGAUGUAUGCUAUCGUAUGAAGCCUAAACUGGAAAAUCAAGUUAUGGGGAAUCUGCCAAAACCACGAGUUACGCUCAUCCGAGCAUUCAGAUCGGUCGGAAUGGACUUUUCAGGCCCAUUUGCAAUUAGAGUGGACCUAGCCAGCAGAACGAAGACUCAGAAGGCCUAUGUAUUUGUUAGUCGUCGCAAUCUUCCUGCAGAAAUAUAUUCUGAUAAUGGACGCAAUUUUGUUGGAGCAGACAGGGAACUGCGUAGACUCUUUGAACAAGAGGAAAAUCAAAGGAAAUUGAUUGCUGCUACAAGUGAUCUCAACAUUCAGUGGAGAUUUCAAUCACCAUCAGCACCUCAUCAUGGAGGCUUGUACGAAGCAGCAGUCAAAUCGACAAAAUAUCAUCUGAAGAGAGUUGCAGGAGAUGCUGUUUUCAAUUUUGAGGAAUUCAAUACACUCCUGUCACAAGUGGAAGCCACGCUUAACAGUCGCCCUCUCACGCAGUUGUCAGAUAAUCCCACGGAUCCGCAACCCCUGACACCGGGACAUUUCUUAACCAUGGCACCACUCAAUCAGCUUCCCGAUCCUGAUGUCACUCAUCUGAAGAUCAGUACUCUAAAUAGAUGGCAACUCUGCCAAAAGGUCUAUCAGGAUUUUGUUAAGAGAUGGAAGAGAGAUUACUUACAUACUCUCCAGCAGCGAUUGAAGUGGACAGAGACCAAGAAAAACUUAAAGGAAGGAGACAUUGUGCUGCUGUCCGAAGAAAGUUUGGGUGAUCCAAAGUGGACAAUGGGACGAGUUGUCGAUGUGUAUAGAGGAAAUGAUGGAUGUGUGCGAACGGUGAAGGUGUUGACAAUUCGAGGAGAAUUUUUGCGAUCUAUCACUAAGCUGGCGAAGUAUCCUACAGAGGAAAUUUGGGGAUCAUCGACCCCAAUCUUUGCUGGGGAGUGUUAA